GUAAACGGUUUCAGUAAUACACCCCUAAAGAAGAACGCGACUUUUUUUUACUGACGCUGUGGGACGUGAUAUUGCGGAAGAUACACACACACACACGCCACAAAUGAACUCUGGCCUACACACACAGCAAAGCACGUUGGUGGGUGUGAUAACUGCGGGCUGAAGUCUACAGCGGCGCUUGCCUGUCAGUGCCAGUGACGUGGAGAGGCAGAAGUCAAGCAACUCUUCUGAUUUCUCCUGACAAUAGAAGAUUCGAAAUAGGUAUUUAUUUUCGACUUGGCAUUGUGGGAAACCUUUAAAAGUGGACCUUAUUGCGCCAGCGAACGAAGCACGUGGCUUCACAGGGAGAGGGGAAAAUGCAAAAAAGCUUGUCAGUGUAUGACAGUGAUGGCUCAACAUUUGCACCUCUGGUGGUCAUCGAGUUGGUUUCGGAAACCAAAGAGGAAGCCAUCGCAUGGUUACUAAAGAGGGUCAGAGACAAGCAGCAAGAUGGAGGGGCUGAGCUGCUGGUGGAGCAGCUGACUCCAGGGGCUCAGGGCACGGAGAAGGACAACCCCAAUGUGUAUGUGGUGGGGGCCUCCUGGCAAAGGCUUCUAUACGGAGCUGAGGACGUGGGCCUCUUCAAGGAGUUCAACGACGGCUCCAUGAGAGGCUUCACGUAUGCCAACAAGCACAACUUCAAAGAGUUCCAAGGUGAUGGGGAUGGUUUUCUGAGCAUGGCAGAGUGUCAAUACAUCAUAAAACAUGAACUGGACAACCUGAGGGCCAAGGAUGAGGCCCACGUGCCUGGAUAUCCGAAGAUGAAACUGUAUCCAGGGAAGUCAGUCAUACGCAGAAUGCAAUCAAAGGGGAUCCUUGUCCAAGUUUUCCCUCUGCAUGAGAAGGAGGAACUCAAAAGGCUUUCCUUUUCCUGGUUCAAAAUCAAGUUGUCCUUCCAGCCUCUUGAUGACAUCAGGCACUACUUUGGUGAGGGUAUGGCACUCUACUUUGGUUUCCUGGAGUAUUUCACCUUGGCCCUGAUCCCCAUGGCCCUCAUAGGCAUACCAUACUACCUCUUCGACUGGGAGAACUACGACAAGUUCACGGUGUUCGCCGGCUUCAACCUGGUGUGGUGCACGGUGAUCCUGGAGUUGUGGAAGCGCCUCAGCGCUUCGCUGGCGUACGGAUGGGGCACCCUGAGCAGGAAGAAAGCCUUCGAGGAGCCGAGGCCGGGCUUCCACGGCGUCUUGGGCGUCAACCCCGUCACGGGGCGGGCGGAGCCACUCUACUCAAACGCCAAGCGUCAGCUGAGGAUCUACCUGGUGUCUGUUCCCUUUGUGCUGCUGUGCCUCUACCUGUCUCUGUAUGUCAUGAUGAUCUACUUUGACAUGGAGGGCUGGGCCUUGAUGAUCCAUGAUGAGGAGCCUACCUUCUGGACAGGACUGCUACUUUUUAUCCCCAGUAUUAUCUACGCUGUGGUUAUAGAGAUCAUGAACCUCAUAUACCGCUAUGCUGCAGAGUUCCUCACUGGCUGGGAAAACCACAGGCUUGAGUCAACAUUUCAAAAUCAUCUGGUCCUUAAAGUACUGGUGUUCAACUUCUUCAACUGUUUUGCCUCCCUAUUCUACAUUGCCUUUGUGAUGCAGGAUAUGGUGCUUCUCAGACAGAGUCUGGCCACGCUGCUGAUAACGUCUCAGAUCCUGAACCAGAUCAUGGAGGCCUUCCUGCCCUACUGGCUCCAGAGGAGGAGAAACAAGAAGGCCCAUAAGAGGAUGAUAAAAACCAUGGAAGACAAGGAGCUGCCCCUCUCUGAGCAGGUCAAGCUGGAGGCAGACAUGAGCACCUACCUGGGAACAUUUGAUGACUACCUGGAGCUGUUCCUGCUGUUUGGCUAUGUCAGUCUGUUCUCCUGUGUCUACCCUCUGGCCGCGGUGCUGGUGGUGCUCAACAACGUCACAGAGGUCUACUCGGAUGCCUUCAAGAUGUGCAAGGUGUUCAAAAGACCCUUCUCUGAGCCUGCAGCCAAUAUAGGGGUGUGGCAGCUUGCCUUUGAGGCCAUGAGUGUGAUCGCCGUGGUGACCAACUGUGCCUUGAUUGGCAUGUCCCCCCAAGUCAAGUCCUACUUCCCAGAGUCAGAGACACAGCUCAUAAUGUGGGUGGUGGGCUUCGAGCACUUCCUCUUGGCCUCCAAGUUCAUCCUGGCCUUUGUGAUCCCAGAUGUCCCCAAACACAUCCAGAUCAAACUGUCACGUCUGGAGUUUGAGUCCCUGGAGGCUCUGAAGAAAAGGAAAAUGCUGGAGGCCUCGGGGAUCCCAAAGACUGAUAAGUGAUGAGAAGAGAAGAGGCCGAUGGUUCAGAUACUGACAAGAUGAAGAUGGGCUAAACUCCAGAUGGAACAUGCCCUUCCAAAGGAGAAAGAUUCACAUAGACUGUUUUCUUUCUUUCUCAAUUAGCUCAAAGCUUAUUUAUGCAUAAAAUAUCCAAAAGUAAUUUUCUUUUUAUAUAUAUAAACGGUUGGUUGUUAAACCUGGUUUGAUGCUCUUAACCUCUGCACUGUUGCCAGGUCUUUCUGUUUGUUUUUCUGAGUGUAGUGUAUUACCUGCAGAUGUCUAGAGAACAUUACUGUUUUUCUGAGUGUAGUGUAUUACCUGCAGAUGUCUAGAGAACAUUACUGUUUUUCUGAGUGUAGUGUAUUACCUGCAGAUGUCUAGAGAACAUUACUGUUUUUCUGAGUGUAGUGUAUUACCUGCAGAUGUCUAGAGAACAUUACUGUUUUUCUGAGUGUAGUGUAUUACCUGCAGAUGUCUAGAGAACAUUACUGGAUGUGAUUAAAACAAUCAUGAAGACUAA